AUCACAGAGAGAGGGGAGCGAGUUCGUGCUGUAUCAAUGGCGGCGUCGCAGACCAUCGACGUCCGGAAUCUCAAUCGCCACAACCGCGAGCUCGUCCUCAAGAAGGCCCUCGCCACUGACGAUCAGGACAACCAGCACCUCCUCGCCGGAAUAAAAGAACGCCUCGACAGAGUGGGAUUGGAGGUUCCGGCAGUAGAAGUACGCUUCCAGAAUCUGAAUAUCGUGGCAGACGUUCAAACAGGAUCAAGAGCUUUGCCUACUCUCAUCAACUAUAUUCGUGAUGGUAUAGAGGGUAUUUUAACUAGUUUCAGGAUUGCUAAACCCAAGAGACGGUCUUUAACGAUUUUGAACAACAUCAGCGGCCUUAUCAAACCCGGAAGGAUGACUUUGCUUUUAGGACCCCCAAGUUCUGGCAAAUCCACUUUGCUCAUGACUCUUGCAGGAAAACUAGACUGCAACUUAAAGAAUAGUGGUACCAUCACAUAUAAUGGCCAUAAGCUUGAUGAGUUCUGCGUUCAAAGAACAUCUGCUUACAUAAGCCAAACAGAUAAUCACAUUGCAGAACUCACCGUAAGAGAAACCUUGGACUUUGCAGCUAGAGUUCAAGGUACAAGCGAAGGUUUUGCAGCGUGCUUGAAAGACCUUGUAAAACUGGAGCAGGAAAGACACAUAACUCCAGAUCCAAAUAUUGAUGCCUUCAUGAAGGCAUCAUCUGUUGGUAAAAUUUCAACAGAUUAUGUUCUUAAAGUGCUCGGUCUUGAUGUCUGUUCAGAUACAAUUGUCGGAAACAACAUGAUAAGAGGGGUUUCUGGGGGACAGAGGAAAAGGGUUACUACAGGUGAAAUGACAGUUGGACCAAGAAAAGCCCUGUUUAUGGAUGAAAUAUCUACUGGACUGGAUAGUUCUACUACAUACCAAAUUGUAAAAUGUAUUGGGAAUUUUGUUCAUCAGAUGGAAGCUACAGUACUAAUGGCUCUGCUUCAACCUGCACCUGAGACAUUUGAAUUGUUUGAUGAUCUAGUGCUCCUAUCUGAAGGUCACGUGGUUUAUCAAGGCCCUCGAGCAGAAGUGUUGGAGUUCUUCAAGUCAUUAGGAUUCAAACUACCCCCACGAAAGGGUAUUGCGGAUUUUCUUCAAGAGGUAACAUCUAAAAAGGAUCAAGCUCAGUACUGGGCUGAUUGUUCGAAACCCUACACAUACCUUUCUGUUUCAGAAAUUGCAGAAGCCUUUAAGGAGUCCAGGUUUGGAAGAUCUGUGGAUGACACUCUCUCUGCUCCAUAUCAUAAAUCUAGCAGUCUUCCUUCGGCUUUGCCAAAAACUAAAUAUGCAACCUCAAAAUGGGAGCUUUGUAAAGCAUGCUUUUCGCGAGAACUACUGUUGAUCAGCAGGCAUAGGUUUCUUUACACAUUUAGGACCUGCCAGGUUGCAUUUGUUGGAUUUGUGACAUGCACAACGUUUCCUAGAUGGCAAUUACACCCCACAGAUGAAAUAAAUGGCAACCUUUAUCUUUCUUGCUUGUUCUUUGGGUUAGUGCACAUGAUGUUCAAUGGGCUUUCCGAGCUACCUCUUAUGAUAUCUCAGCUCCCAGUCUUUUACAAGCAAAGGGAUAAUUACUUUCAUCCUGCGUGGGCAUGGUCUGGUGUAAAUUUGCUUCUGCGCAUACCUUACUCUAUUAUUGAAGCUGUUGUAUGGUCUUGUGUCGUAUACUACACAGUUGGUUUUGCCCCUGGUGCUGGGAAAUUUUUCCGUUUCAUGUUUUUGCUAUUUUCUGUGCACCAAAUGGCUUUGGGUCUCUUCCGGACAGUGGCAUCUCUUGCAAGAGAUAUGGUCAUUGCCAAUACAUUUGGAUCAGCUGCAUUACUUGUUAUAUUUUUGUUGGGUGGAUUCGUUAUUCCCAAAGAUAGCAUUAAGCCAUGGUGGCAAUGGGCCUUUUGGGUAUCACCACUAUCAUAUGGACAACGCGCUCUUUCUGUCAACGAAUUUACUGCUGUAAGGUGGAUCAAGAUAGCUCCUUUAACAAACAGAACAAUUGGGCAAAAUGUCCUCCAAGAACACAACUUACCAAAUGGUGAUUAUUGGUAUUGGAUUGGAGUUGGUGCUCUGUUAGCUUAUGCAUUGCUUUUCAAUUGCACAGUGACUCUGGCCUUGAUGUACCUAAAUCCACUAAGGAAGUACCAGACAGUGCUUCCACUUGAUGACACAGAAGGGAGUCCUGCUGCAGAUGGGGGUAAAAAUAAGACUGUGUCUAGCCCAAAAUCAGCUGGAGGUAACAGCCCAGUAAAGGGAAUGAUCUUACCAUUUCAGCCAUUAACAAUGACUUUCCACAAUGUUACCUACUCUGUUCACAAGCCAAAGGAGAUGAAGUCACAAGGUAUACCAGAAUCGAAGUUGCAACUCUUGUCGAAGGUGAGCGGAGUAUUCUCACCAGGUAUUCUUACAGCUUUAGUUGGGUCUAGUGGAGCUGGAAAGACCACUUUGAUGGACGUCCUUGCUGGUAGGAAAACUGGUGGAUACAUAGAAGGAGAUAUUAAGAUAUCUGGUUACCCGAGAGAGCAACGUACUUUUGCUAGAGUAGCAGGAUAUGUUGAGCAAAAUGACAUACAUUCUCCUCAAGUUACAGUUGAGGAGAGUCUAUGGUUUUCUUCUGCUCUUCGCCUUCCAAAGGAAGUCAGCACAGAGACAAGACUCGUGUUUGUCGAAGAAGUAAUGGAACUAGUAGAGCUUGAUACUCUAAGGCAUGCUUUGGUUGGUGUGCCAGGCAGUUCAGGCUUAUCAACAGAGCAAAGAAAACGCUUAACAAUCGCUGUUGAGCUUGUCGCCAACCCUUCAAUUAUCUUUAUGGAUGAACCCACAUCUGGACUGGACGCAAGGGCAGCAGCCAUUGUGAUGAGGACUGUUCGUAAUACUGUUGAUACAGGAAGAACGGUGGUCUGCACUAUACACCAACCAAGUAUCGACAUUUUUGAGGCAUUUGACGAGCUUCUUCUUAUGAAACGAGGGGGGCAAGUUAUAUAUGGAGGAAAGCUAGGCCAGCACUCCCAGUCAAUGAUAAACUACUUUCAGGAGAUUAAUGGAAUCACUCCGAUUCCAAGCGGGUACAAUCCCGCAACCUGGAUGCUGGAGGUAACCACACCGGCUUGUGAACAGAGACUCGGAGAAGACUUCACUACCAUAUACAGGAAUUCAGAGCAGUACAGGGAAGUGGAAGAGUCCAUCAAGCAGUUGAGUACUCCUCCAACCGACUCAAAACCAUUAAAGUUUGCUUCCACAUAUUCACAGAACACAUUGGCUCAAUUUAGGAACUGCUUAUGGAAACAGAAUCUCGUGUAUUGGAGAAGUCCACAAUAUAAUGCGAUGAGGUUAAUCUUUACUACCCUUGCUGCAUUGAUACUGGGUUCGGCAUUUUGGGAUGUCGGUACAGAAAGGGACUCGCUCCAAUCACUGAUGAUGGUUAUGGGAGCUCUAUAUUCUGCUGGUUUGUUUCUUGGGGUAAAUAACGCUUCUUCAGUUCAGCCGAUUGUUUCGACUGAGAGGACGGUGUUUUAUCGAGAGAAAGCAGCUGGAAUGUAUUCUCCUCUGGCUUAUGCAGCGGCCCAGGGCCUUAUAGAGAUCCCAUACAUUGCUGUGCAGACAAUAGUAUACGGGGUGAUCACAUACUUCAUGAUCAACUUUGAAAGGACAAUCACAAAAUUCUUGCUCUAUAUUCUGAUCAUGUUCCUCACUUUCGUAUAUUUCACUCUUUUCGGCAUGGCGGCUGUUGCCGUCACAGCCUCUCAACCCCUGGCAGCUGCCAUCUCUGCUGCAUUUUACUCAUUGUGGAAUCUAUUCUCUGGUUUCCUCGUCCCCAAACCAAACAUCCCGGUAUGGUGGCUUUGGUUUUACUACAUCUCCCCAGUUGCAUGGACACUCAGAGGUAUUAUCACUUCCCAACUUGGUGAUGUGGAGACCAUUCUUGUCGGACCUGCGUUUAAGGGCACCUUGAAAGAAUACUUGGAAGUCAGCCUUGGCUAUGGCCCUGGGAUGAUUGGAGUUUCAGUAGCUGUGCUUCUGGGCUUCAACGUCCUUUUGUUCAGUAUCUUUGCCUUCUCCAUCAAAUUUCUCAACUUCCAGAGAAGAUAGACAGGCCCAGCGGCCCAGCCAUAGAAAUAAGCAUUUAAUAUUUACCCUUCUCUGGCUUCUUACAAGAACUCUUGAGGAUAGUUGCAAAAUUUAUUUGGAUGUUUUAUACAAUGGAUUAAUGAUGAGUGUCGAUUGUCUAUUCUGCUAUGGAAAUUCACUGU